AUGUCUGGCACGCCGGGACUCAAGCCAUCCGUGAUAUUCCCCAACAGAAGCAACAACAACGGCGCCAAGCCGAAGAGCAGGAUCUGCAAACUGACCUCGCCGAAAUCGCUCUGCCCGUUGGCUGGGAAUUCGUCUAAGAACAACAAGUCGCAAGAAUCGUCCACGGACUCACCCUCGUCGAGUCCCGCCAAAUCCUCCGUGUCGUCGUCACCCCGUCGAGCAGCUCAGCAGAGCAUCGAGACCGGUAAAAAAUCGCCGAGAAAAUACUCUCAGCCGGACGAGCGGCAGCAAGCGCAAGCACAGCAAGUUUGUCCCAAGUCUUCUCCCAAACGUUCUCCCAGGAGGUACAUAUCGGUGUUCGAGGAGGAUUUCCUGCAAGAGGAGAUGGGUCUCGGCGUUCGUAUCUCGUCGACGGCCGGUGGAAACGAUGCGGGGAUGUCGUUUCUGGAAUUCGAGUCGCUCUACACGCUGGAGAAGGAGUUGAUGCAAUCGCGACAAGAUGUAGGUCAGGCGGACGACAAGUGCGUGUUUGGAGGGUGGUUCGGUAGACGGGGUCUUUACACGGAGCUGCCUGACCCCAUGUACCAACAAGCGAUCGCCGCGGCCGCUGCGUCCUCCCAGAUCCCGACAGAGGGAUUCAGCUUCGCACCUGGAUGGUCCCUGAACGUCGAGCAUUUCUAUCAGUGGCAGAAUCGGGGGAAAACUACGCAGCAGGUAUUAUCGAGCUUCUCUCGAAAUUAUUUACGUGUACGUCGGCAGACGCAAGCAAAUAAAAUACAAAGUAUUGAUUACACGAGAAAUAAAUCCACGCGAUUUACCAAUAUCGCCCUAUGUCGAAAAAGCUAUGAAAACACUGGACUCGGAAAGUCGAAAGUUGCCGCGGGCGGUUUGCACGACGUUGGCUACUUUUUAUUCCUCGGUCAUUUCCCGCCUGCAAUUGAUAAAAGCGAUCUCGCCGCGAUUUACGAGCCCCCGUUACUGCGCCCCGUGAUUGCCGCUUUCGAUUUUAAAUAUUUGGCCAGCAAACCGCCGAUCGAAAUUUACCCGAGCAAUCUUCCUGCUUCGAUUGUUUUAGUCAACGACUAG